AUGGGACCAAGACGAACUGAACCUCGCCUUGACCGCUCAGUCACCCUCAAUUUUGUGGGAGAUUGGGGCAUGGCCAACUUUCAUCGCAUUUGUUCCUGGUUAACACAACAAUUUUGUGAUCGUGCGGGACCAGAAAGCCGAGUUGCCAUUUGGAAUAUCAGGAACGGAGGCAUCGAAGCAGUUGUAGAAGUCUUCACAGGAGAAAAGCAGUUAGCGAUUGCUACGCCAGCUCAGCUUAUGAGCACGGCAUUGACAGGGGAAGGCAUCUUCGCGCCGUAUGGACCCAUGCCAACACUUCGUGCUCUGGCUGUUCUUCCGCAAAACGAUCGCAUGAUCUUGGCUAUUGAUUCCAAAUACGGAAUCAGUACAUUUGAGGAGCUCCGCCGCAAAAAGCCUGCUCUUCGAAUUGCGACGUCUCGCAACGACGGUACGAAUUUCAUCGGCUACAUCGCGUUUGCCUACAUGAAAGCGCAUGGAAUCACGGAGGAAACUCUACUAUCAUGGGGCGGAAAGUUCGUCACUGCAACACGUCCAGAACAGGCCUUCGAAUUGGUGGUAAACGGCGAGGCGGAUGCGCUUCUUCAAGAAGCCAUCAUGACCCCAUGGUGGGAAGAGGUUGUUGAACGUCGCAAAUUCAUACCCCUUCCAGCUGAAGAAGACGCUCUCGAUCGAUUCAUGAGCGAACAAGCCGGCGCCGCAACUCCUCAUAAAGAACCAGUUCCUCAAGGAUUCUGGAAAUCACUGUCGCGGCCUCUACCAGGCCUUGAUUUCUCGGAUUUCGUGGUUCUGGUUCGUGAAGACCUUCCCGAAGAUAUUGCAUAUCUCCUAACCUGGAGUUUGGUGGAAACCAGGGAGAUGAUAGAAAGACAAUACCGCCAUCUGCCGCCUGAGAAAAGCCCUCUAUCUUAUCCACUCCAGCCCCGGAACAUGGCGAGGACACCACUACCACUCCAUCCAGGUGCAAAGCAUUAUUUCACUGAGGCAGGAUAUUUGUAA